UGUUUAUACAAUGCAAAUAUUGUUCAUCAUGAUCUUCAUGAAAAGAAUAUAUUAGUGCAUGAUGGUAAAUUAAUGAUUACAGAUUUUGGCAUAUCUAAAUCAUUAGAGAAUAACACCAAAUCUAUUUCUG